CGGGGGACUUCAGAAUGUGGGCUAUGAAUGUGUCGGUGGGUAGGCAUGGUAGAGUCGGCACAGAAAGUUUUGAGGAGAGGCUGAAUUGAGAACUUUGUUUUGUCUUUGCUUGUCUGGUGGAAAAUAACACGUCUGUGUGGUCUCUUUGAUCGCCUCGCCAUGAAAGCAGAGCAAGGGCUCUCUCACAGUAAGGCCGGUCCAGUUCCGGAUAUGAUUUCUGGGACGAUUAUACGGUCCGCGGGUGGAAGUCAUAUGAAUCCGAUUGACCGCAAGAGCGCCACUCAACGCGUGCUCGACCUAUUCGAAUGAACCAAUGCGAAAACUACAUCCCGCCGAAGAUAGUGACAUAUCCUUUGAUCGCUUAAUCACACUAUCCAAGCGAGGACAACGGAUGGCGACGCCCACAAAGACCGGCAUCGCCCGACACGCACUUAAGCGAUCGCCCAAGAUCAGCGACGCACCUUCAGCUUCACCUUGAACAUCGAUAGGCCGACACUUGAACAACGACCUUCAUAGCCAUGUCCGCGCUCGUGCUGCCCGCAAAGUGGGCACGGAAAUCCAAUGCAGAGGACCUGCGCCAGAUCAUUUGCGACCAUGACUCCUCUGCUGAUGAGGAGAUGGAGAUGGAGAUGGAAAUCGCGGAAGGCGUUUCGGAGACGGCGAGCGACAUCCUCGACACAGAAAUCGAGUACCCUAGCAGCGAUGAUGACGAGCAUGGGGAAGACAUGGAGAUCGUCGACAGUGGUAUCCAAACGGAGAACGAGGUUCUUGGAGAGGUAAAUCACUACUCGGAUCGGGCUCAUCGGGCAUCCGACGAGGAAGAGGACGCCGAGAUGGAGGAGUCGGACGUGGACGAUGCAUCUUCCGCGUACGACGGCGAUAUCGAAGACAACGACGCGUUGCCUUCAGCCUUUGAGGGCAACGCUACCAAUGAGAGGUCCCGUCGCGAGGUAUGUUACCCGUCGGUUUAUGUUUUCCUAUAAGUUGUUCA